AUGAAACACGUCGACAGUCUGCCCACCAUCAGUUUAGUUCUCGCACUGUUGUUGGAUACGUACUCAAAUAUGCUCUCUGGACACGUUCUGAAAGUCGCAAUUCUGCUCUUUCAUACUGCUUUCUACUGCACGGCGCAAGGCGGACCCAAUUAUUUUGUUGCUGUCCCGAGCGUACUGCAGAUAGGCGUCAAACAGACGGUGGUUGUGUCGGUUUUCAAAGUGAACACUGCCAUCUCUGUUGGCAUUCGCUUUGAAGACGACAAGGGUCAGAUUCUGUACCAGGCAGCCAAUCAAAGCGUGGAAGUGAACAAACCUGUUGGAUUUAAUGUUAAGGUCCCAUAUGAAAAUUUCUCUCCUCCAGAUCCUGUAAAGGGCGUGCUCUACGCAUACAUCCGAGCCGUUUCACAAACCUCUUCGCUGCACUUCAACAAGGUGGUUCGUGUGUUUCUUUCAACGAAAUCGCUGUCGGUGUUUGUUCAAACUGACAAACCGGUUUACAAGAGAAACGAAAACGUUCACAUUAGAGUUUUUGCUGUCAACUCAAACCUUCUUUCCAGUCACGGUUCAGAGAUGAAUGCAUAUGUUGCUGUUGAGAUAAGGAAUCCACAAGAUGUUAUUGUUGACAAAGCUGAGUUAAAAUCAGAGUAUCGAUUUGAAGUGAAGAAUUAUGGUCAGAUAAUAGAAAUGAAUAUCUGGUAUCUAGAAGGAUUAAAGCUUGAUACGUUUGUCAAUCCAUUUAAUGUGCACAUGGUAAAGUUGUUACAGGAAAGCUCAACGUCACAGUUGGAGUUCUCAUUAGAGGAAACAAAACAGUAG